GAGCAGUCUUCAUUUUGGAUUUAGAAUGCAUGUAUCAUUUUGCAUUUGAAUGUAAUAAGUUACAUGAGUACAGCAUACAAAGUAAAAUAUUUUUUGAAUUAUGUGUUCAUGAGAAUGAAAAGCUGUCUAUAUUGGUGAGUAUACUGUAUAUGUGGGGAAAUCUAUUACUGAACCAACAAGUCAAGGAAUUAUCCAUUUAGGUUGUCUGUUCUUUGUGAUUUCAUCAAUUUAACUUAUAUGAAAGCUACAGUAGGAAGAUUUGCUCCUCUUCUUCAAACAUUGACAGCACAUCUUUACCAACUCCCAGGACCAUGGAAAACUCUACUCACUUUAAGGUCUUUAGGCUUGCUGCAUACGGUGAUAUCGGACAAUUGAAGUAUUGCUACUUUGCUGUAGUAAUUGUUUUAUAUUUUGCCAUCAUUCUUGCCAAUGCUUUGCUUAUUGGAGUUAUCUGCAUUGAAAGAAGCCUUCAUGAACCCAUGUAUCUGUUUCUAUGUGCUUUGUUUGUUAAUCAGUUGUAUGGGAGCACUGCUUUGUUUCCUGCUCUCAUGUUUUACUUGCUGUCUGACACACAUGAUAUUUCCCUUCUUUAUUGUUAUCUCCAGAUUUAUGUGUUGUACACAUGUGCUCUAACAGAAUUUAGUAAUUUAGCAGUUAUGUCCUAUGACAGGUACAUCUCCAUUUGUUAUCCUCUACAGUAUAACAAUAUUAUGACACCUAAAAUAAUUUGUGGCUUAAUUCUGCUGUCGUGCUCGUCUUCUUUUUUUCUCAACGCCAUCAAUAUCUCCUUGAGUUUGCGACUGCAAUUUUGUGGUAACGUUCUAGACAGACUGUAUUGUGACAACUACUCAGUAGUCAAGCUUGCCUGUUCAAAUACUACGCUGAAUAACAUAUGGGGUCUUCUUGUCACUGUGGUUUAUCUUUAUUGUACUAUAUUUCCUACCAUAUACUCAUAUGUAAGAAUUCUACAAAUAUGUUUAAAGUCUUCAAAAGAGACAAAACAGAAAGCAUUUAACACCUGUACACCACAUAUAGCCUCUAUGCUGAACUUCUUCUUUGGCUGGUUAUUUGUGAUUCUACAAGGCAGAUAUGAAACUGCAGAUCUUCCACCUAUACUUCGCACUAUUUUAUUCGUUUAUUUUCUGAUAUGUCCACCACUUUUCAAUCCUAUUAUGUAUGGCGUUAGGAUGGUUCAAAUCAGGCAUGCUUGUAAAAGGGUACUAGGCCUUUACCCUAAAACAUAACCUGAUAGUUCCUUUUUCUCAUGUUGAAUUAUGUUCUCUUACUUAUAGUUGCUAUAAUUGAAUGUAAAAAUCGCAUCAAGUUCAUCAUGUAUUGUAACUGAGAAUGUUUUGUGUCAUAUUAGCUAGUUAACUGCAUAACUACAGAGCAUCAAGGGGAGCUACCCUCCCUACCUUCAGACUAUGUUCAAACAGAUGCUGAGUGGGAUCUUUGGGAAGACCCUACACCCAAAACCAUUCUGCCAGAUCUGGACUCUUGGCCCACCUAACUUCAGGACAGCUGUGUCCCUGCCCAUCUUCCUAAAAUGUUUGUCAUCUUGAAUUGUUUCAGUUUUCAAGUUAAUUUCCUGCAGUUCUACACAUUUUGCCAUGAGGCAGAAAUAAAGGGAAUCUCUCACAAAGGUUGUGUAUUGCAGGUUUUUUCUGCAAUGUAUAUGUAAUGAGUGCUUACUUAUUCUGUCUGUGAUGGCUUAUGACCAGCAUGUCUUCAUUUGUAAGCCAUUUUUAUUUUAUACCAUAACCAUUUUCUCUCACUUAGCAGUUGUUAAACUCUCCUGUGUUGAAAGUGCACUGAGUAACCUGUAUGGUAUAUGUAUCAUAGCAAGUGUAAUGGUUUUAAUAUCUGUGUUAGUUGUGCUCUCAUAUACUUGUUUGCUUGAAAGCCUCAAAGGAGUCACAAAAGUAGGCUUUUAAUACAUGUGCUCCCCACUUGAUCACUUUCAUCAACUUCUCUACAACCAUCCUUUUUUCUGUUGUUUACAGUAACCAGAGAUAUCAGUAUAGUUUAUUCUGUUCCAUAGCCAUGGGGGAAAGAUAUUCUAUGCCCGCACUACAGAAGGCUAUAUUGGUCUGCUAAUGCAGGACAGUAAAGGCCCAGUGUGCUACUUUUGUGAGAAAAAAAGUAAUCCAAAAAUAUUAAUAUUAAUAUUUAUUAAUUCAGAUUUUUCAGGGGGUGCUGCAUCACCCCUACUUCCUGUGGCUAUGUUCUGUUCCCACCACUGUUGCACCCUAGGUUCAGAAAUCUGAACCUAAACUGGUACCAAUUAUGACUUUAGAUGGUACAGUAGCAGGGCCAGGGUUACUGGUUUGAAUCCCAGGACUGACAGGAAUAUCUGUCAAGAUGUGAGCUGCCAGAACUGAAUGCUUAUACUGUACAUUUGUUUUUUAUCAUCAACAUAAUUGUUUGUGUUGCAUUUUAUUUCUGUAAAUGUAUUUUACUGUCAUAGUACUGUAAAGCACUGUAGUAAAGUCAAGUCAGGGAUGCUGCUGUGGCUCUAACUGUCACGUUCUGACCUUUAUUUCCUUUGUUUUUGUAUUUAUUUAGUAAAUUAGGCUUGUUUCAGCGCAGCUCACAUUAGCUUCACGGUUGUUAUUUUGU